AAAAAGGAAUUAAAGUUUUAGUGAAGUAACGGUUAAAUUUUAAUAAACUGAAAUUUAUUGAAAAUUUUGCAGGUGUAAUGAUUGGUUUCUAAUAAGAAUAAACCGCGAAAGAUCACCGUUUCUUUUUUUAUUUGGCAAUUUGGCCAGUUUAAUAUAGUAAAAUAAUUCUUUAGUUGUGAAUAUAGAUAUGAAGGAAAGUAUAAAACAGGAAUCCACGGAGAAAAUUUCUGGAAUUUUAAGAUCGAAUACUGUGUCUCGAUCUCGAGUACAAUCGAUAUCAUUGUCGAUGCAGCCUUCUCUGCAAGUGGCAGUUACUUCUCUGCAAUCAUCAAUUGAACGAUCAGUUACCUUUGUCAUCACCGAGGACGAAGUUAAGCAGAGGGAAAGUUGCUCAAAUCAAGCGAGGGAAGAAGAGAGAAACGCCAUUGACGUGAAAAACUACACCGAUAUGCAGAGAGUCUCUAUAGCUGAGGAAGAGGCCAACGAGGAUGAAUAUUCUGCUUCAGCAUGUGAGAUCAUGCAACGACGGAGUUCUAGUCGGCGACAAAGCAGACGGAGACGUCGUCCAUCCUCUCCCUUCAACGCCGAGGCUGAAGCCAUGCUACGUCGAAGAUCUUCCGUUUACACUAUAAGUUCCGGAGAAACGGUGAUCUCCAUUGAAGAAAGUGGAAGUCAAGAACAGAUAUUUGAAAAGUUGAAAAUGCACAAAGAAGUGUUGAGUGGAGUGAAGCAACAAGCUUGGCCACUUCGUCGGAAGAUUAAAUUAGUACGACAAGCAAAAUCCUACGUUAGAAGACACGAGGGAGUUCUUCAGGAAAGACUGGCUCACACUCGCAGCACGAAAGACGUUAUUGCUCGGAUUUCCCUGUUUAUUACAAAGAAAUGGCAAUACUGUCGGAGAGAGAUGGUUAACCUUCAAACAUGGUUGGUGCCAUGGGAACUUCGUAUAAAGGAAAUCGAAUCACACUUUGGUUCAGCAGUGGCUUCGUAUUUUACCUUUCUUCGUUGGUUGUUUUGGAUUAACCUUGUCAUGACAGUUAUUCUUACUGCUUUCGUGGCCAUUCCUGAGAUGCUCACAGCAGACCAGGCAGCAGCAGGGGAGCGGAAGAUAAUGCCCGAGGAGGAGAAGAUAAAAUCGAAGCACUUAUUAACUCUGUGGGAAUUCGAGGGCAUCCUAAGGUACUCACCGUUCUUUUAUGGCUGGUACACAAAUCAAGAUUCUGGAAGCGGUUACAGAUUACCUCUAGCUUAUUUCGUCACCAAUUUGGUCAUUUAUAUCUACAGUUUCGUCGCCAUAUUACGCAAAAUGGCAAAAAAUUCACGAUUGAGCAAACUCACGGAGAAAGACGACGAGUGCGUGUUUUCUUGGAAGUUAUUCACUGGAUGGGACUUCAUGAUUGGGAAUACUGAAACUGCACACAAUAGGACGGCGAGCAUCGUUCUUGGAUUUAAAGAAGCUUUGUUAGAGGAAGCUGAAAAAGAAAAAGAUGAAAGGAAUUGGAGAAUUAUAUCAAUGAGGAUCUUCGUAAACACAUCUGUGAUUGCAUUAUUCGGAUUGUCAGCGUAUGCCGUGGUAAAAGUGGUCGUACGAAGUUCUGAGGAACUCGAACAGACCAAUUGGUGGCGUCAAAACGAAAUUACGGUCGUACUGUCCUUGAUCACAUACGUGUUCCCGUCGUUCUUUGAGAUAUUGGGACUACUGGAGAGCUAUCAUCCUAGGAAACAGCUGCGUUUGCAGCUUGCACGAAUAAUGGUUCUCAAUUUAUUGAAUUUUUAUUCACUAAUAUUCGCAUUGUUUGAGAAGAUCCAUUCAAUGAAGCAAGAUUUAGAAUAUGUUCAGGAAACAAUUAAGAAUUGCAAAUACAUAUCUAUCGAAUGUGAUGAUAGUAUGAAGAAAUCACAACAGGUCGUGACAUUAGCAUCCUUAAGUUUAAUCUUGGCAAACAAUGUCACUGCAAUGCAGUAUAGAAGUGAACUUCCUGAAACGACACUGCCACCGUUUUCAUUCAUACCCGCGAGUCUGUAUCUGAACCCGAUACUCGAUGAAAAAUCCCUGGAAGAAAUAUACAAUGUCGGAGAUUAUCCUCCUCUGGAUUAUACAUACGAUAAUUACGACGAUAUUACAUCAAACGAACUGAACAAAUCUGCAUCCAUUUCCACUAAAGAUAUAACUGAAGAGACAGAGUUUACAACGCAAAUGUUUGAACAAAAUGAUAUAUUUGAAGCAACCACCAUUUUCACUAUCUUCGAAAAUCUCACAGAAAUUUCUUUUACAAAUUUUACUGAAGAAACUGAUAGUUCUUCUAUGACUAGUAUUUUCUUCAACGAAUCUACAGCUUAUAGCGAAACAAUUGAAGAAAGCGAUUAUAAUAUAAGUACAAGUACAAAUACUAUUUCUAGUAUCAUUACUGAAGAUUACAAUGAAACUUUUCCCACGAAGACAAAAGAAUUUAUCACAUUAUCAUCUAUGUCAUCACAAAUAAAUGAUACAUCUGAGUAUUCUGUAAUUACAACAUUGAAUACAAACACUGAACAUUCGAUGAACACGAUUACAUUUAAUAGAGAAUCUAGUACAGAAAAUACUAAUAAAAUUUCCACUAUCGAUCGUUCCUCGACAACGUUGCGUGAAGGUGUAAUACCUCUCUCAGAGAAGGAUUACGUCACAAAAUGUUUUGAGAAGAUUUGCACAACAACUACACAGAAUACAACCUCUUCACCGAAUCCGUUAGACGUAAAAGCUCGGAAAAAGCCUCGUCGUUUGUGCUGGGAAACGAUGUUUGGUCAAGAACUUGCUAAGCUCACCGUCAUGGACUUGAUACUCAGCAUUGUGACCACGCUUAGUAUAGAUUUCUUCCGUGCAGUUUUUGUACGAUACAUGAAUAAUUGUUGGUGUUGGGACCUAGAAAAGCAAUUUCCUCAGUAUGGUGAUUUCAAGAUUGCUGAAAAUAUACUUCAUUUGGUAAAUAAUCAAGGAAUUAUUUGGAUGGGGAUGUUCUUCAGCCCAGGAUUAACAGCCCUGAAUCUUCUAAAACUUGGAAUUCUUAUGUAUUUAAGAUCCUGGGCUGUUCUUACCUGUAAUGUGCCGCAUGAAGUAGUUUUUCGAGCCUCUAGGUCCAAUAACUUUUACUAUGCUCUGUUGUUAGCCAUGUUAUGUUUAUAUAUUCUACCUGUUGGCUAUGCCAUAGUUUGGGUUAAACCAUCCUGGGAUUGUGGUCCAUUCUCUGGUUACGAGAAAAUUUACCAGUUAGCAACUAAACAGCUCACUAAAUCUCUUCCUGAUCCAAUUAACAAGUGCCUUGAUUACAUUACUUCACCUGGCAUAAUAAUUCCACUAAUUGUUCUUAUGGUACUCAUUAUUUAUUACAUGGUCUCAUUAACUAACUCUUUAAGAGAAGCUAAUGAUGAUUUAAAGAUACAACUGCGUCAUGAACGUACUGAGGAACGACGGAAAUUAUUUAAAAUAGUGAAGAAAAGAGAAGAACUGUCUGACUCGUCCUUUCUGAAAUGGAAAAGAAUGUUACCAGCUUUAUCUAAGAGAUCGGCAAAAACAAGAACUGCAAAAGUUAUAGAUAAACCAGAAGUUGCAGGAAUGGUCUUCGAUGAAAGGAAACGUUCAGCUUCGGAAGUGGUAGAGUUAACAGAUAUGGAACAGGAUACGAUAUCACACGAUUAGACGCAACAUACAAUUUCUGAAAGCAGUUACAAUGAAAAAGGAACAAUUAAUACCAGAUUGAUGAAAGUUUUCCACGAUUCUUGGGAAUCACAAUUCAGUGACUGUGCUGUAAUACCAGAGAUUCGCAUAAACAAGGUGGAGGGGAAGUCAGAGUGUCAUUCUUGAUCAGCUUCUAGAAAAGAUCACAAUGUACAUAAAACUAACUAAAUAAAAAAC